GUAGCAACGGGGCCGGGAAUGCCAACGCAACCAAUCACGCGCUGGUGGAUGCGAUGGGUGCGUUCGCGACACCCUUCGGCAAUAACCUUGGCAGCCUGUUGCAGCAGCAAAACCAGCAGCAAAGCCACCAGCAACAGCAACACCAUCUGCAGCAACAGCAGCAGCAACAGCAUCACCAACAGCAACAGCAGCAGCUUCACCAUCACCAUCAGACACAGCACCAGCAGCAGCAGCAGCACCAUCAAUCGCAGCAAGCGACGAUGAUGAACAAUGCAGCACUCAUGCAGCACCAGCAGCAGCAGCAGCAACAGCAACUCCAGCAGAGCCUUCACCAUCAGCAGCAACAGCAGCAGCAGCAGCAGCAGCAACAACAUCAUCUGCUCCAGCAACAGCAGCAGCAACUUCAUCAGCAGACUGGUACCGUUGGCGGUGGUAACAGUGGCGCCUCGGCACAACAACACCAUCACUCGCUAGCGGCCGCCCAAAGUGCCGCCAUGAUGUCGCAGCGCAACCCGUUCGGAUUUGAUUUUAAUCAUUUCCAAAGCAACUACUAAACGAAGGCCUACUGCGUGCGCGAAAAAGCGAAACAUCAUCCUUCGAACCAUUGGUAAACGGAGAAGACCGGGCAGCCAUAUCGUUAGGAAGAGUGCAUCGGGCAAACGAAACGAAAAACCAACGCGAAAUAUAAACGGAGCAGAUAUCCUACUAUCAGGCUUCGUGAGGGCAGGCUCCCGGAUAGUUUGCCAGGGAUCAGUUUUACGUUCCACUCGAGUUGAAGCCAUUCCAUCAUGCGGGGCCCCGCUGUGACAGACUUCCAUCUUGGGAAACAGGACGCGCUGUUCCGGGGCUUAACCCACCAUCAAUAAGUGCAAACAGGAGCGUGCGUUAGAUUGCACCCAAAACCGAACCUAAAUCCCCUACCCUCCGAAAGCUCGAAGGGGAUGAUAACAAGCCAGAAGAUAAAGAAAGCGGAGAACAGCGAAGAGAAGCUUUGGUUCUUGUGUAGUUCUGGUUCGGUGAUGGUAAUGCUGGUGCUGGCGUUGCUUUCACCCAACGUUACCACAGCCGCCGGCUCGGGGAGCGACAAAUAAUUCCCAGAAAUGGUGUGCCCGAAACAUAAACGAACGGACGUGCGCGCGCAACAACACCACCGAACAGCAACGCAGCGUAAACCAAACCAAACAAACGAGUGUACGAACGGCACGAACCGCGAGUUCUUGCGAGCUGGUGUGGCCACGGAUACAGGCCACCAACCCUCCUACUCACCGCAGCGGACACGCACUCCAUCGAGCGGACCGAACUCCUGGAGGUGGGCAUGGAGCUGCGCGCGCUUCCCGGCAAGCGGUAUCCACAACCCCGUACAUACACCAGCUCCAGUUAACUCCAGGCAUCAUAAGGACAGCCUCACCGCGCGCGAUGCAGCUUUUUCGAAGCGAACCAGCACAUCU